AUGUCCAGUGAGUCGCGUCCAAUAAGUCCGACUCGUUUUCGCGCUGCAAUUCAAGAUCUUCCUUUGGGCAACCUCUACGCCAAAGCCGCAGAGCUUCGGAAUUCGAUAGAUCAUCUUAAGCGCUCGAAUAAUGAUCUCGCCGAGUUUGCGGAGGACUCUGAUUGCAAGCUGGCUAUAACGGAAAAUCUGGAAGUAAUUCAAAGAAUGGAGGACAGAAUAUUGAUGUUGCAGCAAGAGGUUGAGAGAAGAGGCAUGAGAUGGGCAGAAGGUGAUAACUACAAAGAAGGAAUGCUUGAACCAGGUGAAAACGUGGUUAUGAAUGGGAUGGACAGCCCGACCCCAGAAAUCAAUGGCAACCCCAGCGAAUCGACGGAGAGAGGCAACACCUCUACGUCAAGAGGAAGACUCACAGAUGAGCAGCUGAGACGUCUCAUUUCCGAAAGAAUAGAGCAGUCCGAGAACGAGGAUGAAGGGGUGCAUCUGUAA